CGUGCCUUAGAUACGAUGAACUUUGACCUGAUCAAUGGCAAGCCGAUGCGUGUGAUGUGGUGUCAGAGAGACCCUUCGCUGAGGAAGAGUGGGGUGGGAAACAUCUUUAUCAAGAACCUGGAGAAAUCUAUCAACAGUGAGGGGCUCCUCGAUAUCUUCUCAUCCUUCGGAAACAUCUUAUCCUGCAAAGUGUCUUGCGAUGAAAAUGGAUCUAAAGGUUUUGGAUUUGUGCACUUCGAGACCCAUGAAGCUGCUGAAAAAGCUAUCAACAGAUUAAACGGCAUGUUGAUCAAUGAGCAGAUAGUGUUUGUCGGCCACUUUAAGUCUCGUAAAGAGCGUGAGGCAGAAAUGCAGGCGAGAGCCAAACAGUUCACCAAUAUUUACAUCAAGAACUUUGGAUCAGAUGUGAAUGAUGCAACGUUCAAUGAGACAUUUAGCAAAUUUGGCCCAAUCGUGAGCGUUCGAGUCAUGACCGAUGAGAGCGGAAACUCUAAGGGGUUCGGUUUUGUCAACUUCGAGAAAAACAGUGAUGCCAAGAGGGCAGUGGAUGAGAUGAACGGGGCGGAGCUGAACGGCAGGCAGCUCUAUGUGAGUCGUGCUCAGAAGAAACGAGAGCGUCAUGCAGAACUGAAGCGCAGAUAUGAGAAGACAAAGCAGGAGCGCAUCACAAACUAUCAGGGAGUGAAUCUGUACAUCAAAAAUCUGAGUGACAGCGUGGACAAUGAACUUCUCCUCAAAGAGUUCUCACCGUACGGCAACAUCACCAGUGUGAAGGUGAUGAUGGAUGGCGGCCGCAGUCGUGGUUUUGGAUUCGUUUGUUUCUCGUCUCCUGAAGAGGCCACUAAAGCCAUCACUGAAAUGAACGGAUGCAUCAUUGCAUCCAAACCGAUAUACGUCUCGCUUGCUCAGCGGAGGAGUGAACGACAGGCUCACCUCAUCCACCAAUACAUGAUGAGAAUGAGCUUUCAUAACCAACAUGUGAUGAUAAACCCGCUCAUGGAGCCCUACCAUUCAAACCCACCGUCUGGAUACUGUAUGGAUCAGCAGAUUCAGAGUUUCGCUCCAUACUACCCUUACGGCCCUAUCGCCCAUUCUCACUUCAGCACUCAAUGGGACACACCGGCCAUCGGCCCUCAGUAUAUCCAAACCAUGCCGAUGGCGGUUCAGUCCACUGUGAGUGCUCGACAGACACCCCAGAUGCCUUCUGUGAUGCAUUCUCAGAGCACAGGUGCAGUCAUAACAGUGACUUCAGUGAACGGAGAAACACAGUAUAAAGUCACACCUGAUGUCCGCAACCGUCGCAAGUUCAUGGACACUCCGCCGCAGCAAUGGGACACAGUGCAGCCUGAUGUCAACAUUCAAGAGCAGGAGUCUCUGACGUCAUCCUCUCACGAACACCACAAGCAGAUGCUGGGUGAGUUUAUUCCUGUAUUAUUGUGGCUUGUUGCUCUUUUGAAUCUUUUUAUCUUUGUUUAAUCCCCUUAAAAGGGCCAUAAUCGCAGCCUGAUCUCAUGAAUAAUACGUGACCAUGGCAACAUUUUUGCAAAAUGAAAUUACGUGCUUUAUUGCCAAUUUCGCUGCAGUUCCCCAGUGAAAUGUCCAGCAGGGGGCGCCAAAAGUGAGUGAAAUGGUGUCGGAAUCAGACGAGGUUUUUACCAUGAAUUUUAGAUGGAGGUUUUAAUGAGUAAAACAUAAUUUCCUUACCUAAAACUUUAACCUAAACCUAACUGAUAGUGUCCUAAAACAAAAUGUGACACGAAAAGUACAUUUUCUGAAGCAACCAUGUCAUUUCGUGCUGCUUCUAUGACACUUUCGUCUCACGUGCUAGCUAGCAUGUUUCGCUGGGCUCGAAUUGUGAUCUUCCAAGUUGAAAGUUCAGUGGCAGUUCUAGCUUGUAGGGCACUGUGUGCGAAACCCGCUUCAACACGCCCCCAAAGUUGUUAACCGGGGGGGGGGGGGGGGUGUUGUCUGUGUGGGUGCCUCGUGGUGUUGCCCAUGCCAAAAUCCGCUACUGCGAAAUUCCAACACUCUAUCAGGUGAGCUAUCACAAAAACGAAUCAUGUUGGAAUGCAUGUGUCAGUGUAGGUGAGUCUGUAAUACAAGUGUUAAAAUGUGUCGUGUUUCAAAUGGUGCAUCAGAGUAAAAGUGUUUCGAUAUCAUAACAUUGCAGUGUGAGUAAUAGUGCAAAAAAAUUGUGUUUAAAAAGUCACAAUGAGCGGUUGUACUGGUGAUUUGUGUGAAAGUGAAUUAAACGCACAGAUGUUGUAGCGCCUCUAGUGUUCAUUUCACAAGGAAACUGCACCGAAACCUAGAACACGGCACGUAAAUGUCAGUUUGCAAAAAUGUAGUCAAAGUAACGUUCAUUCUGUGGGUUGCAUAAUUGAUAUGUCUUUUGGAAUAGCAUGCAUUAAAUUACCUGACAUAUAUCAGUGAAAAAGAUUUUAAGCAGAAUGUCAUAGGCAUUGAUAACCUCAGUCACUGUUCACUUUCAUUGCAUCUUUUUCCAUACAGUGAAAGUGAAUAGUGACUGAGACUAACAAUCUGCCUGUCCUUUUGUGUGAGUUUAGCAUAACAUGAUGGUGAAUAAAUGCCAUUUUUGGGGUGAACUAUCCCUUUAAAUUUGCCCCAAAUGAAGCCAGAUUAAUGAGUGCAGUAGUUCUUGUUAGAGUUUGUGUUAGUAUUGUCAUUACAAAGUUUAUUUCUACAUGCAUCUCAUGGUAUAGCAGGAGUUAUUUGAACUGGCCUUUCACUCCUGACUGCAGGUCACAGUCUGUUCCCGCUCAUCCAGGAGAUGGUGGGGCCGCAGGCGAGUAAAAUCACUGGAAUGCUGUUAGAGACAAAUGAUUCUGAGCUGCAUCACCUGCUGCAGUCGCCUGAAUCUCUACGCUUAAAGGUGAAUGAAGCAGUGGCUGUUCUUCAAGCUCAUCAGAUGGAGGAUGCACAGAAAUCUUUGACCAGCCCUGGGCUCCAUACAGUCUGAGACAAUCUCACAGAUGCCAUGUUCAGACACAAACCUCACACUGUUUAUUUAUUAAGUUUAC